AUUUUCUUGAACGGAGAACUUUAUUUAAACGGAGAACUUUACACAUUACACAUAAGAUUCCAUACCUGUAUAUCUUGAGUGACAAGUGUCUUGUCCAAUGAUCGAUACACAGGAGAGGAAAAGAUGGACGCAAUUCGGCACCAGUGUUUACUACAUCUCGGUAAGGGGGAGCUGGACUGAGAGCAGACAGGACUGCACAGACAAAAGAGCGGACCUGGUGAUCAUUAACAGCAAAGAGGAACAGGAUUUCAUCAACACGCAGCUUGGCAGUAGUCCUGCUUGGAUUGGUCUGAGUUACAAUCGUGCAUGGAAAUGGGUGGACGGUACACCACUGAGCGCCGGGUACAGGAUGAACGAGGCACUCAGGAGUUAUGGAACAGCCAUGAAAUGUGCAAUAACUGUCCAACAGGCAGAUGGAAAGCAGCGCUGGACUGAUAAUAACUGUAAUGGGCAGUUUGUUUGGAUUUGCGAGAAAAAAACAAGCAAAGUUCAUAUCUGUGUGAUAUAAAGUAAAUCAAUCACAUUCUAAUGACAUGUUCAGUGUUGCUAAUGGCAUAAUGUAUAGUACAUAAUGCAUAGUGUCAUAAUGCAAAUCAUUAGCAUGUACAGUAGUUCAAUAUUUAUGCAGCAGCAGAUAAGAAACCUGCUUAAAUAUCAUCCUUACAACAUACAAUACUUAUGUAUUUAACAUUCUCAGAAUUGGUCUAGGGCUGUGUUCGUUUGUG